AAUUAAACAACCUGCAUUUCUUCUGUCAAUGAUUGCAGAUCUAAUGUUGUAUAUUAUGAACUAAAAAAGUAUCUUAGAUGCUUUGCUCGAGGUUCAAGCUUAUAAAAAGCAUUUACUUCAGAGUUCAGACUUAAACUUCAAACUACAUGUGUGCCUGCAUAAGUACAUAUUCCAAACAACUCCUUCACCAGGUCACUCCCUGCACUGAUCAUCCAUGACUCCCAUUGUUCUCAUACUCCCCUGGUUUCUACUCUGCGCUGCAAUUGCCACUUCAGACAUUCCCAAGCAUCAUGUGGUGUACAUGGGAAGUUCUUUAUCAGAUGGAAUUAGAAGGGAAGCUGAAUCUGCAGAAUCAGCUUACUUGGAAAUGCUGUCAUCCAUUAUUCCAAGCCAUCAGAGAGAAAGAACAUUUAUAAUUCACAAGUAUAAUCAUGCUCUUAGAGGAUUCUCUGCCAUGCUUACAGAGAGUGAAGCUUCUAUUCUGUCAGGGCAUGAUGAUGUCGUCUCCAUCUUCCCCGACUCAAAACUUGAACUACACACAACACGAUCUUGGGAUUUCAUACAAGAGGCCGGGUCAGGAUUAGGCAGAGUCUCAUAUCAUCCACGCCCAACAACAAGCAGUGAUGACGUCAUUAUUGGAAUCAUAGACACAGGUAUAUGGCCCGAGUCUCCAAGUUUCAAUGAUGAGGGAAUUGGUGCAGUCCCUUCCAGAUGGAAAGGGCUCUGCAUGGAGGGCUCCGACUUCAAGAAAUCUAACUGUAACAGAAAAUUGAUAGGUGCAAGAUACUACAAUGAACAAAUGACUGGUAACCAGAGCAAUCUAGCUGCAGCAAAAGGCUCCCCAAGAGAUUCUGCUGGCCAUGGUACUCACACUGCAUCCAUAGCUGCGGGUGCACGAGUUCCCAAUGCUAGUUAUUAUGGCUUAGCACAAGGUACAGCAAGGGGAGGCUUACCAUCAGAAAGGAUUGCAUGCUACAAGGCAUGCUCUGAUGUUGGUUGCUCUGGUGCCACCAUAUUGAAGGCCAUUGAUGAUGCAAUUAAAGAUGGAGUAGACAUGAUAUCUAUUUCCAUCGGGUUAAGCUCACUAUUUCAACCAGAUUAUUUAAACGACCCGAUAGCCAUUGGAUCAUUUCAUGCUGAACAAAUGGGAGUCAUGGUCAUUUGCUCUGGAGGAAAUGAUGGUCCUGAUCCUUAUACUGUUGUUAACACAGCGCCGUGGAUCUUCACUGUUGCAGCUUCUAACAUUGAUAGGGAUUUUCAAUCUACAAUAGUCCUUGGAAAUGGGAGAACUUUCACGGGUUCAGCCAUUAAUUUCUCCAAUCUCACUCGCUCAAAGACAUAUCCUCUUGUGUUCGGAAGGGAUGCUGCUGCUAAUUUUACCCCUGUAUCAGAAGCAAGAAAUUGCUAUCCAGGAUCAUUUGAUCCUAAAAAGAUAGCUGGAAAAAUUGUUGUUUGUGUUGCUGAUGAUCCAACUGUUUCAAGAAGAAUCAAGAAAUUAGUUGUAGAUGAUGCAAAAGCCAAAGGGUUGAUUUUGAUCGAUGAAGAUGAGAAAAGUGUGCCUUUUGAUUCAGGCGUUUUCCCAUUUACAGAAGUUGGAGAUAUUGAAGGGUUUCAGAUUCUCAAUUACAUCAACUCUACCAAAAACCCUACAGCAACAAUCCUCCGAACUGUUAGUGUUCAUAGGUAUAGACCUGCACCAACAGUGGCGUAUUUUUCAUCGAGAGGUCCUGCACAGCUUACAGAAAAUGUUCUCAAGCCUGAUAUAAUGGCUCCAGGGGUGGCGAUUUUAGCUGCCAUCAGUCCCAAGAAUGAAUCAGGGACUGUCCCUAAUGGACAAAAACCAUCCAAGUUUUCCAUAAAGUCUGGAACAUCAAUGGCAUGCCCACAUGUAACAGGCGCUGCUGCAUUCAUCAAGUCGGUGCAUCAUGAAUGGACAUCCUCCAUGAUCAAAUCAGCACUUAUGACAACAGCAACCGUGUACAACAACAUGAGAAAGCCUUUGAUUAACAGCACUAACAACUAUGCAAAUCCACAUGAGGUAGGGGUUGGAGAAAUAAACCCAAUCAAAGCUCUUCACCCAGGAUUAGUGUUUGAAACCACAACAGAAAAUUAUCUUGAAUUCCUUUGUUAUUACGGCUACAAAGAGAAGGUCAUAGGAUCAAUGUCAAACACAAAAUUCAACUGCCCAAAAGUCUCCACUGAAGAACUCAUCUCUAAUGUCAACUACCCAUCAAUCUCCGUUAGUAAACUCAACCGGCACCAACCUGCAGUGACAGUUAAAAGAACUGCAACCAAUGUCGGAGCCUCCAAUUCUACAUAUAUUGCGAAGGUGAAUGCUCCUGUAGGCUUAGUAGUCAAGGUUCUACCAAAGACGCUAGUUUUUGCUGAAGGAGUGAGGAAGGUGUCUUUCCAAGUCACAUUUUGUGGCAAGAAGGCUCCUACUGGCUACAGUUUUGGGUCAAUUACAUGGUCUGGUGGUCGACAUUCAGUUAAAACUGUGUUUGGUGUGAAUGUAGAGUAAUUAGGAAGUGUAAAGUGUUAGUGCUUGAAGUCUAUUAAAAGAUAAAAGAGAACUAAUUAAUCCUUGAGGGGGUAAUGUGCAACAGAAGAUAAUAAAAGUUCCACACAUGUAUAUUUAUAUAUCUUUAUGCCUGUGGGUGUGUAUCUUACAUUAGAAGUCCCAAUUUGAUUUUCCAAAUUGUUCUAUAUGCUAAAGUAGUACUCCGAAUAUGCAUAAUGAAGUAUAGCAAGUUGGAGCAGAAGGCUCUUUCAUGUUUUGUAAUUUGAUGAGAUAAAGGUAUAAUCUGGACAAUAUUAUCUCAUUAAUUUUUUGAUCCUGCUGUUGCUUGAUCUAAUUUGGCUGCAAAAUUAUGCAACUGAAAUAUGAUAUUUUUCACCCAUGGAGAUUGACUCUUUACCACAACUUUGUUUCCUAGUUUGUGAAAUAUGUUACUGGUUAAUUGCUCUACAUGUUGUAGUGCUGAUUGUAGUUUUAUGUUGGAAAUCCUUAUAUGCCAUUUAAACACUAGAUUAUAUCAUCAUAUGGAUUGAAAUGAAGAGGAAUACAACAUGAGUGCAAAUUAGAUGCACUAUUUAACAAACAGAAGACCAUGAUCGUGAAACAAGAAGUAAUCAAAUUUUGCUAGUGCA